AUGCCAUGUUUCAUCGGAGGGAAUAUAAUCCAUGAAGGUGAACUACACUUGUUUUCUAUUUCACUUCUAUUAGAUAUUAACAAUAACACUGUAUUAAUGGAAAAAGUACGCCAAAUUACUUUAUGUGAUCCACAAUCUCCGUAUACACUCAAAUUAUUUCUCUUUCUUCAAUCUAACUGUCCCAGAUUGCGGGAACUAUGGUUUUAUGGUUUUACGCAUUUGAAUGAUCAUGUUUUGCCGACGAAUAUUCAAUUAUCCAAGAUAAAAAUGUUGUUAAUUGCUUAUGAUGAAACAUGUCAAUAUAAAUCAGUUAGACGUUUACUUUUAUUAUUACCCAACUUAAAAGUAUUAGCUAUUACUCACCAGUUGUUAUUAACGAUAUUCAAUGACAUAUGUCAAGACCAACAUAUACGAGAUACAAGAUGCAAACAAGUCUAUGAAUUGAUUUUAGGUUAUUAUGAUUAUCAAAAUCAAAUGAAAAAUGAGGAAGACGAAGUUAGACGUAUAUUUCCUAAUUUAAAAGUGUUUGACUGUUGUCUUGAAUAA